ACAGGAAAGGGUCACGUGCUUAAAGAUGGACGCCGUGCUUUACGUCUCAGCGGCGGCGCUCUUGUUGGCGCUGAUUAUCUUCGUCAGCAGAGUCAGGGGACGGGCACACGCCGAUGAUGAAGACCGCCAGCAGCAAGUGGUGGCCGCUGCAGCAGCCAGGCCUCAGCCCUUCACCGGAGAGCGGGGCGAGGGGAUGCCCCGGCGCCGAAGGAACAUGGGAAACAGAUUGCUGGCUCAGAGGCGGCAGCAGGCAGAGGACGCGUCAGAAGAGGAGAAUGAGGACACCGAAGCUGCAGAGUUCCAGGUUUCUGGGAAGGUUGGAGCCAAAAAGCAGCGGAAGUUAGAGGAGAAGCAAGCAAGGAAAGCUCAGCGAGAGGCUGAAGAAGCAGAACGGGAGGAACGAAAGAAACUUGAGCAGAAGCGAGAAGAGGAGAGGCGUAAAGAGGACGAGCGGCUGCGGCAGGAGGAAGAAAGACAGGAAGAAGAAAAGAAGAAGGCGAAAGAAGAGGAGGAACAGCGGGAGUAUGAGGAAUACCUGAAGCUGAAGGAGAGCUUUGUGGUGGAAGAGGAAGGGGUGGAUGAAGCCAUGACGGAAGAGGAGUCCCGAAGCUUUCUUACGGAUCUUCUUGACUACAUCAAGAGUGCCAAGGUGGUUCUGUUGGAAGACCUGGCUUCCUACCUGGGAAUAAGGACACAGGAUGCAAUUAAUAGAGUACAAGACCUGAUGGCAGAUGGGACGCUCACAGGUGUCAUCGACGACCGAGGCAAGUUCAUCUACAUCACGGCAGAGGAGAUGAGCGCCAUGGCCGACUUCAUUCGCCGGAGGGGCCGCGUCUCCAUUACGGAACUGGCCCAGCACAGCAAUGCCCUCAUCAACCUGGAGCCGGAGCCCAGGGCACUCCUGACCAAAGCGGUGGCGUGAAUUGCCUCUCUGCAAGGCGGGAGGAAAUAAAAGCCUCACUGGGCAAAAUA